AUGAAGGUCCUCAGCCUCAACUUCCUGACUUGCGCAGCCAAGGCUUGCAAGAGCUCAUCCGACUCAUAUCCUCUUCAUCCCAAAGAUGCGGAACUCGUUGAAGAUGAAAUCGAGUUGAAUCCCGCGAUGAUCAUUAAUGUUCUACCCAGAUUGGACUGGGCUGCUUUGCGAACGACAUCAUCAGAGCUCGGCUUUCCUGCUCUCCCGGAACAGCCUCCCACCGCAGAGGAGCUGCAGAGUGAUGAGAAGACGUUGAGGGAUUUGCAUCAUUUGUUGCUGGAGACGCAAAUGUCGGAGGGCAAGUUGGUGUGUGCUAACUGUGGGCAUGAGUAUGCUGUCAAGGAGGGCAUUGCGAACUUUUUGUUGCCGAUCCACCUGGUAUAG